GGUCCCGUCGCAGCAGAAACAAGAGGAGCUGUGCAGACUCCCUUUGAAGUGGCCCCUGCUUGUAAGAACACACGGCCCUUCAGCAUGGAAAUUUGAUUAGCUCUCACUUCUCUUUUUGACUCCACACCACUCUGAGACCUGGUUUUUUGGGUGACAUUUGGGGCUGACGCUCGAUCCCGCAUAAAUAUCAGAGGCACCACUGAGCCGAGGGACACUCAGGAUCUGGCAGCCGAGGAGCAGAUUGGGACUAAAGCCAUGGACGUACCCUGGUCGUUGUUUCUCCUCCUGUGCGGCCUCCACAUGACCUUGACUGGGGUGUUUGGCAAACACAUCGACCACACAAACCUGUUCACACAGAGAAUGUGCUGCAAGAGACAAAGCCACUUUGUGUACCUAGGACAAGACAUCUCUGGGAGUCCUGUCAGUGUGGACGUGGGGAUGUGCAGGUCUCACUGUGGAGGAACCUCAUCCAGAGCCUCCUCACAUGAGUCCGGGCAGCAGGAUUAUUCUAAAUAUUCCUCCAUGCUGGAAUUCCUCAGGAGCAAAAAACUGAGGACCCGAGGAGCCGGAGCUGCUGAGAGCCCAGAGCCGCAGAACCAGAGGCCUUCCUGCGGGGCCGACCAGCUGUGUGAGCCCACCGGGAUGCGUGUGGAGCGGCUGCUGCUGCUGGAGGGGCCCCGCGAGGUGGAGGUGAUCGAGGAGUGUCACUGCGAGAUCAAGCUGAGUCAGUGCAUCCGAGUCCCGGCGCUGAGGACGUACUUCUCCGAGACUCCGUACGAGACCGUCAUCGACGUGGGAGGAUGCUCCAGCUCCAAGGGCUCCCCAGAGGGAUUCUCCUGUGUCCCCACCAAGUUUGACUCAGCUCUGGUGGACACCCCCAACAAAGUGGAUCUGAUCCAGACUGUGGUGGCCUGUGAGCUGAAGGAAAGCUGCUACAGGGUCCCAUACGUGGAGUAUUACUAUGAAAUAGUCCAUCAUGCAGAUGGGGUCAAAGAAGAGAGGCUAAAAGAAAUAGAUGUGGGCAGAUGUUUGGGAGGCUGCACUACAGGAAACCGAUGCCUUCUCAGAAGUCCCUCUGAUCCUGGGAACUGCCACUUAUGGGCUGAAGGACAGUCCAGCUCCUGCGUCCCUCAAAGCUAUGAGAGCCACAGCUUCCUCAACCAUCAUGGAGUGUUACGCACAGUCCUCUCCAUCACUUCCUGCCUUUGCCAAAACUGAACACUGCGCCUCCUAGUGGGAAAAACAAGUUCCAAGACCUGCAGGGGCCUCCCAAAGCUUGACUCACAGGGACUAAACCCUAUACUGUGACAUUCAUUCUUUUCUACUCUAAAGUAUUAUUGUAUUAUAUGUAAUAUAUGUAAAAAUGAUAAUUUUGUAAAUAAAUUUAAU